CUGCCACGACAACCGACCCCGAGUCCGACCAAGACUGCAUUUCGCAAUGUCACGAGUACCUGCCGCCAAGAGACGACGAUUGUCUCCGCCAGAAGACGACGCUUCGUCUGCCUCGUCUUCGUCUUCUCCCCCGCCCGCUGAGAGCCACAAGGCAAGCUUCAUAAAGAAUGCCGCCAAGUGGGACCUCGAGCAGGACUACGAGACGCGGCCCCGCAAGCUGAAGAAGCAGAAGGAGAACAAGAAGCUGCCCAUCCGAACCACCGAGGGAUGGGUCGCCCACCCAACCGCCCUAGACGUGCAGGUUAAAGACGCCGACUCGGACAGUUUCCUGGGCUCGGGCAGUGAUGGCGAUGACGAGCCCGAGGAAGACAAGGCUGAGGAGGAAGAGCAGCCCAAGAUCCCCGCGCGGCAGCAGAUACUCGAGGCCAAGGAGGAGCUCGCGCGCAUAGCGGGCUUGGUCAACGAGGACCCGGAGGAGCACAUUGGCGCCCUCAAGGCCCUGGCUGACCUGGCCGAGAAGUCGGACAACACGACUGUCAAGAAGCUGGCCCUGGCUACCCAGGUCGCCAUCUUCAAGGACCUCAUCCCCGGCUACCGAAUCCGCCCACUCUCGGAAGAGGCCAUGCCGGAGAAGGUGUCGCGCGAGGUCAAGAAGCUGCGCAACUUUGAGCAGAAGCUGGUCUCGGGCUACCAGGCCUACGUCAAACACCUGGGGAAGCUGGCCAAGGCUAGCGGCUCCAACAACGAGCAGCUGGCGAGCCUGGCCACGGUCGCUGUGAGCUGCGCCUGCAACCUGCUGACGGCAGUGCCCCACUUCAACUUCCGCGGCGAGCUGCUGAAGAUUCUAGUUGGCAAGCUGAGCACCAGGCGCGCAGACGCCGACUUCCUCAGGUGCAGAGAGACGCUGGAGAAAUUGUUCGAGAACGACGAGGACGGCAACGUCUCGCUGGAAGCCGUCACCAUGUUGACCAAAAUGAUGAAGAGCAGAAACUACCACUUCGACGAGAGCGUCCUCAACACCUUCCUCCACCUCCGCUUGCUGUCCGAAUUCUCGCAAAAGGCUUCCUACCACUCCGUCGACAAGGCAGAGAACGAACCCCUCAGCGGCAAGAAGAUGAAGCAGAAGCGCGAGUUCCGAUCCAAAAAGACACGAAAAGACAUGAAAGAGAAGAAGGCAAUCGCAAAAGAAUUCAAAGAAGCAGACGCCGCCGUCAGCCAUGAAGAGCGCGACAGGAUGCAGGCCGAGACGCUGAAGAUGGUUUUUGUAGCCUACUUCCGCAUCCUCAAAGCGCGCUCACCAAAGCUCAUGGGCGCCGUCCUCGAGGGCCUCGCACGCUACGCCCACCUCAUCAACCAAGACUUCUUCGGCGACAUCCUAGAAGCCCUCCGCGACAUCAUCACCACCGCCGAAGUCUCCGCCGCAGCCCAAGUAUCCGAAGACGAAGACGGCUCCGGCGAAUCCGACGACGACGACGACGAAGCCCCAGAACGAAACCUGACCCGCGAAUCCCUCCUCUGCGUCAUAACCGCCUUCGCUCUCCUCGAAGGCCAGGACGCCGCAAAAGCAGCCUCAACCCUCAAACUAGACCUGAGCUUCUUCAUCACCCAUCUCUACCGCACCCUACACCCCGUCGCGCUAAACACCGACAUCGAACUCAGCGCAAAAUCCCUCCACCUCCCCGACCCCUCCGCCCCGACAGCCCCCCACCAAACCCCUCAAACCAACAAAAUCAACGUCCAAACCACAAUCGUCCUGCUCAUCCGCUCCCUGACCUCCGUCCUCCUCCCCGCCACCGCCUUGCGCGCCGUCCCGCCCCUCCGCGUCGCCGCCUUCGCUAAACAACUGCUCUCCAUCUCCCUGCAGCUGCCAGAGAAGAGCUGCACCGCUAUGCUGGGUCUUGUGAACCGCAUCGCGAGGUCGCACGGCAAGAAGAUCGCGCCGCUGUGGAAUACGGAGGAAAGGCGGGGAGACGGCGUCUUCGAUGCGCUGAAGGGCGAGAUCGAGGGGAGUAAUCCGUUUGCUGGGACGGUGUGGGAGGGCGAGCUGCUUAGGCAGCAUUUUAGUCCUACGGUUAGGGAGGCGGUGCUGGGGAUUGAGACGGGGGUUAGGGAGGCGGCGAGGUAGAUGUGUAAAUGGGGAUUUUUUUUGUGCGAGGGUGUGAGGUGAGGGGGUUGAUGGGUAGAUGGUAGAUGGAAAUGUCAUGUCAUGAUUGUAAAUGAUGCGCUAGUUGAUACUUGGUUUGUACAUGAACCCCCUCUGACUCCCAUAUCUUGCCUUUAAUCUCCAAUUUUGUCUUCUUCACCAUUUGGCAUCCCGUGCAUAACAAAACACCCUUCUCUGCAACGCAUUGUAUCAUUUUUUCUUUCGGGGUUAUAGCGUAUUCACACUUGUAGUACAAGCAGAUAGACGCAACACAGUAAAAAAUCUAG